AUGGACGAGCCGCACGCUGAAUUAGUCAAAGAGCACUUUCGCAGUUUAGACAGAAGCGAUGCGUGGGUGUUUGAGGGUUUGAAGGCUCCGGAAAUACCGCCUCCCAAAGUGAGGCACCUGUUAGACCUGUCUGUGGCCUUCACCUGCGGCUCCUUAGACCUGUCUGUGGCCUUCACCUGCGGCUCCUUAGACCUGUCUGUGGCCUUCACCUGCGGCUCCUUAGACCUGUCUGUGGCCUUCACCUGCGGCUCCUUAGACCUGUCUGUGGCCUUCACCUCCGGCUCCUUAGACCUGUCUGUGGCCUUCACCUCCGGCUCCAUAAAGUAA